CCUAACCGGAAACAGAACGUUUCGACCACGAAAGAGGGUUACGCAUGGAAACACACACCACCGGCAGGAGUUAAUGAAUGAAAUGAUUUCAGAUGGAUUAUUGUGAUCAUAUUCGUCUCUAAAAUUGGAUAGAGUAUGCUCUUUAGCAUGCCCUUCAUGCGGAGGUGGUGAGCCUGGUUGGUCACAGUGUUAUGGUAAUGUAUAGUGAAUGGCGCCGGACACAGACAGCACUGGACACAACAACGACAACGAGGAAAAGCAGAUUUGCCUGUGAUGAGUUGCGAAGGCAUUGGUUUGGGGGCCCAGGGCCCACUUGCAGGGUAUUGGGAAAAUAUCCAGGAGCGCUCAGCCUCGUUGGAGACCUGUCCAUGGUGUGCUGCUAAGGGACAGACUCGGGCCCUUCGUUCCUACAGGAUCAACGUCCAGGAAUUCGUCACCCUCUGCACUGACCCACAGUGCCUGUUUCCCUUGGUCUCCAGGCCUUUGGAGGAUGUCCUGGCCAGCCUCGUACCCCCUCUAGCCCAACCACAGACGGGGAGCAAGAGGAAGAGCCCCUGCGGGUUGGAGAAUGGACACCCUGUACCUUCCCGCAAACGUGCACAAUCAGAGGAGGCCGUAUCACAGAAUGGGAUUCACCCAGUCAUCAGGAUCACCACCACCAAACUCAAUGGGGAAGACUGCUCUAAUAGGACGAAGCACACAACGCCAGUACAGAAGGAGAUAAUCAGCCAAUCAGAACCCACAGACAUGGAGGAGGUGGAUAGAACCCUCAACUAUCCACUUCCUGAGAGGGGAGGGGCCAAUGGAUACCACAAGGAUUCCGAUUGGCCGAUCCCAGAGGAAAUGGACCAGAAAGUACUAGAAGAGGGAGAAGAUAGUGUCUUUCUCCCAGAGGAGGGUACACCUACCUUAGACAAGGGUUUGCCUCUCCCAGAGAAGACUGUACCUACGUCACAAAGGGCAGUGUCUGUUGUAGACACUGAGCCUGCACCAACGGAUGUUACGGUUAUCUCUCCCUUAGCGGAGGCUGUAUUUGCCCUAGAGAAGACUUUAUCUGUCCCUCAGGUAGCCGUUUCUGCCCCAGAUAAGAUUUCACCUCCCUUACAUGUGGCUGUUUCUGCCUCAAAGAAGGAUGUGGCUGCCCCAGAGAAAGCCUUGGCUCCACGGGUAACUGCCCCAGAGAAAGCCUUGACUCCACGGGUAACUGCCCCAGAGAAAGCCUUGACUCCACGGGUAACUGCCCCAGAGAAAGCCUUGACUCCACUGGUAACUGCCCCAGAGAAAGCCUUGAUUCCACUGGUAACUGCCCCAGAGAAAGCCUUGGCUCCACGGGUAACUGCCCCAGAGAAAGCCUUGACUCCACGGGUAACUGCCCCAGAGAAAGCCUUGACUCCACUGGUAACUGCCCCAGAGAAAGCCUUGACUCCACUGGUAACUGCCCCAGAGAAAGCCUUGGCUCCACGGGUAACUGCCCCAGAGAAAGCCUUGACUCCACGGGUAACUGCCCCAGAGAAAGCCUUGACUCCACGGGUAACUGCCCCAGAGAAAGCCUUGACUCCACGGGUAACUGCCCCAGAGAGAGCCUUGACUCCAUGGGUAACUGCCCCAGAGAAAGCCUUGACUCCACGGGUAACUGCCCCAGAGAGAGCCUUGACUCCACGGGUAACUGCCCCAGAGAAAGCCUUGGCUCCACGGGUAACUGCCCCAGAGAAAGCCUUGACUCCACGGGUAACUGCCCCUACUUUACAUGACACAGUCUCUCUCCUAGAGGCUCUGACUGCCCCAGGGGAAGCUACACCAGCACAUCAGAAGGUUAACCCUCCCUUACAAAGGACUGUGUCUGCACCAGAGAAGGUUGUGUCUGCACCAGUCAUGUCUGUGUCUGCCUUGCAGGAGGCUGUGUCUCUGCUAGAGGAGACUCUACCUGCCCCAGGGGAGGCUGUCCCUACCAUGGAGGCUGUCCCUACCAUGGAGGCUGUCCCUACCAUGGAGGCUGUCCCUACCAUGGAGGCUGUGCCUCUACCUGCCAUGGUUGAGCUUGUCCCUGCUUUAGAGGAAGAUGAGUACGGAGAGGAGGAUCUGCCUGUCUUUGACGAGGAAGAGAAGAUUGAGGAGGAAGAGUGCCCCCCAGAGGGGGUGUGUAGACCCUGCAGUGUGGAAGAGUGCCCCCCAGAGGGGGUGUGUAGACCCUGCAGUGUGGACCUCAGUCAGAGCAAAGUACCUGAUGAAGGUCAUGUUGCGAGUGAUGAAGAUGAUUGUCCUAUCAGACCUAGAAGAAGAGCUCAGAACGCCCGGCAACUAAGCAGCGAGGACGAGGAACAGGAAGGAAGCGUCAAAGAGGAAGUCCUGACACCGCCGCCGAAAAAGAAAAGGGGCCGGCCGAGAAAGACUCCUACUAUUAAAUACACGCAGGAAGUGUUGCCCGACUUUGACCCGGAAGUGAUCUCGACGGGGGAGUUGGUCCCAGUUCCCGGGCCUCACCUGUUCUGGAGGAACGAGAACAGUCUGUGUUGGCUGGACACGUUGCUGGUAGCGCUGGUCCACUGUCGCACCCUGAGGGACAGACGACCCACCAAGAGGCCCGCCGUAGGUCAACCUGUCUGGGACCUGUGUGAGAGAUACGACCGGGCCUGUGGUCUCAUCACAGCCCACCAACACAAUGGCGCAGACGGUGUGGUCAGAGUGCCCUCUGCGGUGUCACAGAGGGUCCGGACUGAGAUGCAGACCGUCAGGAUGUCCGUCUUUAAACUGCUGGAGCCCCUACUGAAAUGUAAACUGGGUCAGAAUGAGACGCCGGUGAUCGCCCUGCCUCUCCUCCUCAGGGCUGACUCCUGGGCCGAGCCUCUCUUCCAGCAGGCAUAUGAGUGGCAGUUUGAGUGCAUCUCAACAACCUGCCAGCAUGCCACCAACACCAAAUGUAAGAAGACCCUCACCACUUUCACCAAGGUGGUUUCUGAUUGGCACCCUCUCAAUGCUGCCAACCAAUCACGUUGUAGCAAGUGUAAUAAGAGGAAGCAGACCAGGAUGUUGGUGCUGGAGAGGCUGUCUCCUGUGUUUGUGCUGCACUUUGUAGAAGGUCUCCCUGACAAUGACCUCAGUAUGUACUCCUUCACCUUCCAGCAGCAGAGAUACUCCGUCACCACCGUCCUACAGUAUGACCAGCAACUCAAGCACUUUGUCACCUGGAUACGCAGACCUGACGGAUCAUGGUUAGAGUUUGACGACCUGAAGCACCCAGACUGUGUCUCCCACACCAAGCUGGUGGUCCCUCCCCGAGAGAUCCAUGUUGUCUUCUGGGAGUUGGAGACAGACGGACCUGACAACCCACAGACACCCUGCUCUUCUCAACCUGAAACGCUGACGAGCACUUCCUUGAUGCAGAAAGAACUGAAGCAACCUCACUUAGCCAAGCUAUUUGUCGUAAAUGAAUCUCUAGACCUUUCUCAGACGGUCUCUGAUGAUGCGGUCACUGAUAUGGACACCACCAUAACUGCUGGCGAUAUAGAUAACAAUAUGGACACAACAUUAACGAAUGACAUGUACUCUCCCGUCACCAUUGGUUCCUCCUCCGUCAUUGUUGAGGCGCUGACGGCGUCUGACGGUACCAACAAAGACACCACGGUAACAGUCGGUAACGUUGGUAACGCGUCCAGCGUUUCUGCCACGCUGCUCGACAACUUCGAAGGCCUCUCCCACGAUGACAUCGUCACCCUGACUCUCUUAGAGGUUAAAAUUGACUCUGAGGGCAGGCCGUUGGACGACAUCACCCCAGCGUCCGAACGAAAUGGACGAGACCUCUGCUUUCUCCCUGCUCCUAGAUCUGAGACCGAGACUCCCCCACUUGCCGAUGAAAUUACCCAAUCUACCCAUGAAAUACCCACUGAAUCUGAAACGCCCCUUGAAACCGAUGAUGAUGAUGAUGAUGAGGAGAUGGAAAGACCAACGUCCCCGGAUACGGCCAGUGAGUUUCUCCCUGACAGCAGUGACGGCCCUUCUGAGCUCGACUCUGAAGAACUCACUCCUAGUCCUCCCAAGGUCAGGAGGGGCAGCAAUAGACGGAAGAUGGCGUCCAACACUCCAGUUGCUGCAGCAGCUAAGGUGGUCACAUCAACAUCAACACCAAGAACAGCUACACCAAUGGCACUUCCUGGAAACUGUGGUGAUAUAAUCCUGCCCUCAGUUGUGUCUAUGAUGUCACCAUCAUAUGUGGAACCCAGCACACCAGCACCAGAGUUCCCUCCCUCUCCCCCGCCCCCGCCCCACCCCAAAACCCCCAAUACCUCCACCUCUCUGCAGAGCAAACCUGGCCUCCCUCCGCCACCGGACCCCAACUCCCACUGGUCGUACCUGCUCAGCCGCCACCCCACCUCUACCUCCACCCCCAGCACGCAGAGACCACCCAGUCAAUUCAACCACGUCAACCACUCAACACCCAACUGGUUACAGCCGCUUUCACAGAGCAGGCAGACCCCCAAGAUGACUCCCCCAAACCCAGACGCCAGGCUGAAGAAGCCUCCGCCUCUCCCCAAACCCAAACUGAGUAAGGAGGACAACGAGGCCCUGCCGGUGAAGGCUGCCGAGAUGUACGGAGGGUUCCAGGUCAGGAGCAGGAACGUAAAUACAAACAUAAACAAUGUCCCCUCCAAGGCUUCACCUCCCACGCAGUUACUCUCUCAAAGAACUGACCCUCAAAAUGGCGUCUGGAAGACACAAAGUCAGCCUGGUGCCCUCGCCUCGCGAAAACCCCCUAUCAACAACAACACUACAGCAACGUAUCCUAUUGUGACCUCACUUCCUCCUUCUCCAGGAGUCACGGAGCUCCUUAAAAUCUCUUCCUCCGGGAAACACAGCCCCGGUGUCCAGGUCUCGAAGGUUCCGGCCGGCCUCAGUGAGACAGAGGCCCUCAGGUACAAGCUUCUGAAAAAGCUGAAAGCCAAGAAGAAGAAACUGGAGAAGCUGAAUCAGAUGUUGGGUUACCAGGGGGGUGCAGGAGGAGGAGAGGAAGUGACCCGCAGACCAGACUGCACCGACCUUCGCUCCCCCUAUACUGUUAGCUCCAGUACCUCCGUCUACGACAGCCCCGCUUACGACGAGUUCUUCGCCGACCUUCUGUCACCCGCGACGACUGCCAGCAACCUAUCACCGGACAGCACGGGCUUCCUGGAGAUGCUGACCACCAAUGGGCAAGAAGGGGGCGGGAACUUGGCAUGUGGGGGGAAUGCGAUUGGUGGAGCCUCGCAGGUGGUGGCCCCUGCGACCUUACAACCGGCCAAUCACGGUGUAGUAAUGCCACUGCCUGGUCUGGAUGGGACAAUCACGACCUCUGGUGAGAACUUCUUGGAGGAGUUGAUAUCGGGGUCUGCCAAUCAGCAGAUGGAGACGGAAGCCCUCAGUGCUUUCGACCUGUUCUUUUAGGCUCGUUAACCACAGGUCUAGGAUCUGCUAACUCUUACAAACCCCUGAGCAUAAACAUCAGGGGGAAAUGCAAAGCUUAGCUCAGAUCAGUGGCUGUGGCUACAUCUCAAAUGGCUCCCUAUAUAGAGCGCCACUUUUUACCAGAGCCUCUGGUCAAUAUUAGAGAUUAAAUGAAAGGAUUCUGUCUAAUUCUUUGAGUAGUGCACUAUAGAAGGAGUAGAGGGCCAUUUUGGACGUUUCUAGGAGAAACUACAUGCUACUACUCCUUUCAGUCGUGAGAAUGUGUGUGUGUGUGUGUGUGUGUGUGUGUGUGUGUGUGUGCUUGGCAUCAAUGGGUUGUUCUGUUAUGGGUAGCAUGUUUUACACAGAGCUGAAUCUAACAGCUAGCCAUUUAACUCUGGUAAGCAGCUAGCCAUUUAACUCUGGUAAGCAGCUAGCCAUUUAACUCUGGUAAGCAGCUAGCCAUUUAACUCUGGUAAGCACUCUGAUAUCCUCAUGUAUUUACUUGUUUACAAAGACCGUUGAAGUUGAAUGGGGUGUAAUGUUAAUUAAUACUCACUGAAGCUUCGUCCAAAAUGCCACCCGAUUCCUUUUUAUAGUGCACUACUUUUCACCAGGUCGUAUGUCUCUAAUUAAAAAUGGAGAGACUGAGGCUUUAACGAAUAUGAAAUAUAGAGCUUGUUUCAGAGUAUUAUUUUAUCCUGUUUUGUGGGGGGAAUGUUCAGAAGAAAUUCGUUUUUUUAUUUUUGCUUGGUUUGCCUUUUUAUUUUCGUUGGUUUGCCUUUUUAUUUUCGUUUGUCUGAAUUACUUAAAAGCCUGAAUUACUUAAGUCUGAACUAGGAUAAAAGCUGGGUUUGUGUUUUCGUGAUGGUUGGAACUCUUGUCUUGUCCAUCAGUUGUUUGAAUGUAUCUUUGUAAUCCAAAGUGACAGAGUUGUAAUAUGUUGUACAGGGUUGGAUACUGUAUGUAAUUCUAAUAAAAUCAAAUGCUUUCUUUACAUGGA